AUGAGAAUACAAGAUAAAGAAACAUACAAAAGUAAAAGAGGUGAUGGAAAACAAAGUACAGAUGGUGGCAACCAAAAAGUCACUGCAGAUCAAGACAAACCACAAGGUGAUGCGAAGCAAAGUGCAGAUGUUGGCAACCAAAAAGUUACUGCAGAUCAACACCAGCUACAAGGGUGUGAUGAAGAAGAGGAAAAUGAAGGGGGGAGAAAUGAGUCAGUAUUGUUUAUUACAGCGAAAAAUGGGGUGUUGGAAAUAUUGAAGAAAAUUCUGAAAGAUAAACCAGGGGCCAUCCACGAAACGAACACGCUAGACCAAAAUUUAUUGCAUGUGGCCGUGAAGAAUAGGCAACCACGUGUAUUCGAGCAUCUGGAGAAGUACCUGAAGAAGGAGGAGUUGUGGGAAAGCCACGUGGGACGUGCAGACAAAGACGGCAACACGAUCCUCCACUUGACCGCCAACCUCUCACAAUACAAGCCGUGGCAUAUUGCUGGUUCUUCCUUGCAAAUGCAGUGGGAAGUUAAAUGGUUUCUGUUUAUGGAGACGAAAAUGCCGCAGCAUAUGCAAUUCCUCCCAAACAAAAGCAACAACGCACCGGAGGACAUUUUCGUAAGUGACCACGAGAAGCUACUCAACCAAGACAACGAGUGGCUGAAGAUCACGUCAGAGUCAUGCUCCGUGGUGGCUGCGCUUAUUGCCGGCGUGGCCUUCGCCAGGGCCACCACUUUCCCCGGCGGUACUCAGGAGGAGACCGGAAAACCUUACUUGGAGCGCCACCUGGCUUUCAACUUGUUUGCAUUCACAUCCCUCCUGGCUCUCUCCUGCUCCAUCACCUCUCUUGUCAUGUUCCUCUCCAUCCUCACUUCCCGACAGCAACCUCGAGAUUUCCGCAAAGAUUUGCCUCUCAAACUUCUUUUGGGGUUGAGUUGCCUCUUCGUGUCCAUCGCUUCCGUCUUGGUUUCUUUCUCUUCCGCAUUCUUCUUCUUGCUCAGGGAACACCUCCAGCAGGUUGUUUUCCCCCUCUAUGCCGUCACUAUCUUGCCUAUUACUUUCUUUGGCGUUGCUCAGUUCCCCCUCUACAUCGAUCUUGUGAGAGCUAUUUUGUUCAAGAGUCCCCAGUCCAGCAAUAGAGAAUCUGAGAAGCUUAUUCUCUGA